UCCAGGCGCGAGAAGUAGGGAUAAUAGUGAGAACACUCGCUCGCCCGCUCGCGCCAGUCAGUCUGAAAGACUUCUUGCUCAACCAGACUUAUACGUCGGUCUCGUCUAUAAUAGUUAAUAAAGUUUCUUACUAUCUAUCUUGGUUGUAGUGAAAUCAUUUGGCCCUAUCAAUUCCUAGACACCUUCCAUAAGAGUUUGUUAACAACACUCUUCCCCGACACCGAAAAGGGUACAUAUGUCAGCAUAUUGCCCGCGCACUUUUUUCUCCAAUCCUGCGCUGUCACAUUGACGGCAAUUUGCCGUCAUACCGUACUGGCGUAUUAUGCUGUCGUAUUUUGUGACGGCACGCGCUGCUAUAUCUACUGGGAGGUUGCUGGCUGAAGUGGUGGCGGUCAAAUCGUCUGCUAGAGUAUACCAAACAAAGGAGUCAGCUGUUCGUAUCUCGAGUAUCAUAAUACAGACAUAUAAGACGCAAUUUCUCAGCUUUGUUGUGAUUUCAACAACGUAUAAUGAUCUUCAAACGUUUUAUUAUAAAAUUGUACGAGAAAACACGAUGUAUUAUUCGAUGAUUAUUUUUUCAUUUCUGAUGAAAAAACUUGCAUAUUGGAGAAAUAACAGUGACAUGUACAAAAGAAAUCUGGAUUGUAGAUCAGAGUGAAAACCAUCAAGGUUACAAAUAAAAUACAUGAAACACCAAACAGUUACCAGUCUUAGAAGUAGAGUUUCUCUUCAAGGCAAUCAAGAUAAAGAUAAUGAAUUAUGGUCUUUUGUGGAACUGGAUAUGAAGCUCUAUCUUUCGCUAUUAAGAAGAACUCAUCUUCUGCAAUAAAGAAAUUACUAAGUGGCCCUGAUGCUUUGAUCAUAGAUGAAACAUGGACCGACUACAUACUUUUGAUUCAGGCACUUCAACGAGGUCGUAAAAAGAUUGCAAAACUACUGCUGGACAGAGGAUGCAGAGUUAAUAAACCAAUUAAGACCAAUUUUUUUCACACACCGUUGUAUUAUGCUGUGAGAUUUGAUAAUGCUGAUUUAGUUGAAAUAUUAUUGGAUAAGGGAGCUUUAAUCAAUGGCAGAGAUGCUACUGAAGAUACUCCAUUACGCUUGGCUUUGAGGGAGAAAAGCUACGGGAUUGUUGACAUUAUGUUGUCUCGAUACUUCAAUCAAAGAAAGAUUUUUUCAACUUUUAGUGAUGAUGAUUGUAUUGCUUUUAAUGCUGCUUGUAUCAGAGGCCGUACAAGUGUUAUUGAUGAAUUCAUAAAAUUGGGUAUUCUAAAUCCCAAAUCAAUAUUUGAAUCGGGUGGCCCAUUGCAUUUUGCAGUCCAAGAUGGCAAUUUAGAAGUGAUACAUGAACUUUUGAAUUAUAAAGCUGACAUUAACUUCAAAAAUAAAGUUGGUCAGACAGCUUUACAUUUGGCUCAAUAUUUAAGAGGACAAUGUUAUCCAUCAAAACAUUCUUUGACUAUUAUUGAGCUGUUGUUAUCUGAGUUGAAGAAAACUAAUAAUAAUCCAGUAGAUAAACAUGGACUCUCUCACUUUCAUGUAGCAUGCACUGUUGACCAGCCAGAAAUUGUAAAAUGUAUUUUACAGCGUAAGGUAGAUAUAAAUUGUCCUGUCAAUUUCGAUUCUCCCUUUUGGUCAGGUUAUACCCCAUUACAUUUUGCAAUAAAAAACAAGCAACAAAAGAUUAUAGAAUUACUCUUAAGUCAUGGUGCUGAUAUGACAAUCAGAAAUACUGCUGGAGAUAGCCCUUUUCAUUUUGCUUUCAGCUUUUUUCAUUCAGAUGAUGAAUUUAUAAAUUUGAUUUUGUCCAAAUAUAUUACAAAAAGUUCCAAUCCUGUCAAUAAUAAUGGCUUGUCUUACUUUCAUAUUGCAUGUACUACUAAUAAUAUAGGAGCUAUAGAAGCUUUUCUUCAGAGUGGAGUAAUGAUUGAUACUCCUAUUCAUUCUGACUCAUCAAAAUGUCCUGGUUAUACACCUUUGCACUAUGCUGUAACAUUUAAUAGAAGAAAGACGGUAAAAACAUUAUUGGAAAAUGGUGCUAAUCCAAAUAUCAAAGAAAAAAAUGGUUUCACACCUCUCCACUUAGCCUGUCAACAGUCAGCUAAGAAAAUUCAUACAAUUCUUAGGAAAUCUGUGAACACUGCAGCUGCAUAUGGGAAAAUUGACUUUGAAUUUGAAUUCAAAAGUUCACCUAAAAAGAUGUUGGAUAAUAUAGCCAGUCAAAAUGAACAAAUAGAAAUAGUUGAAUUGCUCUUGCAAUAUAAAAGUGAUGUCAACUCCCAAGAUAGUCUAGGAAAAACACCUCUGUUUUAUGCCUGUGAUAUUGAUAAUGACACUUUUGAAUGUGAAUUUGGACGUCGUAUGACUCAAACUUUACAAUUUAUAAUCAAUGAAUUUUAUGUUAAAAGAGAUAAAAUAAUAGAGACCCUUUUGAAGUCUAAACCUGAUGUCAACAUUACCGACAAAAAUGGGCAAACAGUACUACAUUGUAUAGCGGAUACAGAAAAAGUGUUUAGAGAUGACAAAAAAGCUGAAAUAACACAAAUUUUAAUCAAUUAUGGAGCAAACAUCAAUAUUCAGUCAUUGAAAGGCUCAACUCCACUACAUAUUGCUCUAAGGAAAGUUCAUCUUGAUUUGAUCAAAAUUUACCUAAAGUACAAUUUUAACCCAAACAUUGCUGAAUAUGAAAGUGGUUGUACCCCACUUCACAUAGCUGCUUCUAAUGAUCUUCUUGCACCUGAUUCUGAAGAGAUAAUUAAUGCCUUGCUUGCAAAAAAUGCUGAUAUACAUGCAAAGAAAAAUGAUGGACAGACUUCAUUACACUUGGCAGCUUUAACUCGUUAUUGUCCUAGUAGAUUGACUCCUCUUUUAGAGUUGGAUUGUAAUGUUGAUUGCCAAGAUAAUGCUGGAAAGACACCAUUGCAUAUGGCUUGCCUUAACAGAAAUGCAAAAAAUGUUGAAAAUCUAUUGAAUAAAGGUGCAGAUAUAAAUGUCAAAGAUGGAUCUGGUUGUACACCAUUUUGGUAUUUUUAUCAGUAUCAAAUUGAAGUUUUAGGUAGAAUGAUCUAUGACUUCCAUCAAAUCUAUUACAUUUUCAGAAAUCAUAUACGUAAAUUGAGAGCUAUUGGUUUUUAUGUUUGUUGGGAAAAUAUCCAAUAUUAUAUAAAAUUAAAAGACUCAAACACAGAACCAGUCAAUAAUGAUAACUUCCCACUGCAAUGCCAGAAUGAAAUAGACAAAAUGAAGCAUUUGAGGUUGAAUGGUUAUUCAACACUGUAUGACAUUUUGUUCAAAGAUCCAAAUGAAAUGUCAAUAUAUGCUAAAAAUGAUAAACUUCAAAAAGUCAUAGAAUCAAGUAGCUUCAAAACUGAUUAUACUCAUUACAGUUAUUUAAUUGAACUACAAGUGAAAAGAGGAUUGGUAAGAAGUGAAAUAUUGAAUUCGGCAAAAAUGUCAUUGGGGAUUCUACUAGGAGUUCAUUUGCCAGACACAUGUUCAGAAAGAAUUUUUAGAUAUCUGUGUAAUAAAGUUCUAAAAGAUAUAAUUGAAGCAGCAGAACUAUAUAGAUAAUUUAGCAUUACCGUUUAUUUAAUUAACUUUCCACUGAAAAUGUAUACAAUUUAUACUAUCAGAAUAUGUACAGUAUUAAUUAUCAAAUCUAUUAAAUAUAUUAAGCAAUGGUCAAAUGAAAUAUAUAAUAAAAAUGUAGUUAUUUGAUUAUAUUUGACGUUAUGGCUUAUAUUAAUGUAUGCAAUUAUAAAAUUGAUUAUUUAUUUGUACAGAAAAUUAUAGUAUAAAUGUUUUAAGGCAGAUUUAUGACAAUAUAAAUUAACAAAAUGUAAUAUCGUAUAAUAAUAAAAAUUAGUUAGUUUACCUUAUUUGUGAAACAAAGGAUUGUCGACUACCCUGACAGUAUUUAGCUAAAUUGAAACCUAAAGAAGUAAUAGUCA